CGAUCCACACUGAAAACGAAUGCAAUCUCCUCAGUUACCGUCCAGCCUUGCUUGAGUACGCCCACGGUACGGAUUUACUUACAAACCGAAGGGGGUUUGUGUGGCUCCUUCGCCCGUCAUCCUGGCUCAUUCUCCGGCGGGAUAAAGACUGUCUGUGCGCUCUGUAAUUGCUCCGGGGGUGAAUGUGAUUGCAAGACAGGUGUAUUUGGUUGUUGAGUCAUUCAUCAAUUUGAGACACACCGGAGUUGUACCAAUGCUAAGAAUAUCACCAUGAGACCUACACCUCUGCUGAUCACCUUGACUCUACUCUGCUGUGCUGUGCAAACAGAUGGGAGGCUACGCUAUAAAGACGAGACAACUUCUUGCGAAAACGAAGACGAUUUUGAAUGUGAGCAAGGCAUAUGCAUCGAUCAAAGUCUCACGUGCAACUUGGCCUACGACUGCGAGUCUAUGGCGGAUGAGACAGUGCAACUAUGUGGAUGUCCAAACCCAGGAGAGUUCCGAUGUCAGAAUUCGUGCAUCCCGUUGGAGAAUCGCUGCAAUGGAGACUGUGACUGCGACGGGGAAUGCUCUGAUGAAGUCCUAUGUGCCAGCUUUGAGUGCUUGGAAGGAUUUGUCAAGUGCGACAACCACUUAUGUGUGUCCAAGUUCGACUGGUGCAACUUCUAUGACAACUGUGGAGACGGAUCAGAUGAAGCUCUGUGUGACAGGAGACAAUGUUGGGCGACGGAGUUUACCUGUGACAACCAAGAAUGUCUCAAUUCCUUCUAUGUUUGCGACGGGGUUGAAGACUGCCUGGAUGGGAGCGAUGAAAAGCAAUGUUCUGAAAGUGACUUUGCGGACUGCGGCGACGGUACGCGAGUCCACCGGCAUAACUUCUGCGAUGGUCACCCAGACUGUGUCAACAACGAAGCAGAUGAAGUGGGAUGCAAUUGCACUGAUGUAACGCAAUUCAAGUGCAACAUAGGCAAAUGCAUACCCAGCGCUAAUGUUUGCAACAAAAUGUGCGACUGUUUGGACUGUGAAGACGAGUUGGACUGCGAGGACUGCAAUCUAGAGGAUCAUAUAUACUGUCCGUUCGAAAAAAAGCCACCGACGUGUCUGAACAAAAAAUUCAUUUGUAACGGUGUUUUUGACUGUGAGUGGCCUGCUGACGAGGUUGGAUGCCCUGGUUCUGGUGCCCCAAUGGAUUGUAGAGUUACCUGUGGUGAAGGGGACGGACGCUGCCUGUCAGUUCUCCGGUCAGUUCUUGAGGAACAAAACAUGUGCAUGUCGCCACCAGAUGAGUGUCAACCGCAUGAGUCUCGAUGCAAGAACGGUGACUGCUUCAAUUAUACCUUCAGAUGUGAUGGAGUUGGAGAUUGCUAUGACGGAUCAGAUGAGGAAAACUGUGAGUCGUUUGAAUGUCCAGAAGACAAGCGAAAGUGUGCAGGAGGUAUUUGCAUUUGGGAGAACCGGUGGUGUGAUUUUACACCGGACUGUUAUUAUUACAAGGGGAGACCAGACUUAUCAGAUGAGAACAAUUGCACCCACAGAGCGUGCAACGAAGACGAAUUCCGCUGCAAAAAUGGACAAUGUAUUCAAGCCUGGCGACGCUGUUUCGCUGAUGUGGAUGACCAUAAAUAUGGAUGUGUGGAUCAAUCACAUCUUAAGAAUUGCCGUGAUUUUGAGUGUUUGAAUGGGGCUGUCAAGUGUACUCGAUCCCACUGUAUACCAGAGACGUUGAUCUGUGACCGGAAGAUUGACUGCAUUGAGUCAUGGUCAGAUGAAGCAUUGGCCGCAUGCUUUCAGGAGUGCUCUGCUGAUGGAUGCAACUGCUCCGGACACAUCCAGAACUGUGAAAACUUAAACUUGAACAGUAUUCUACUUGAUCCUGAUCAUUAUGACGUUAAGGGUAAAACAUACUUUUACCUGGCUGGCAACCAUUUAAGUUUUCUACUGGAGAAUGAAACAGCAUUGGCGGGAGUGAGAGGAAUCAUCUAUCUAGAUCUAUCGGAUAAUCAGAUUUCAUUUAUUAACAGCGAGGCCUUGAAGAAUGUACCGAAUCUCCAUUCAUUAAUUCUUGCAGACAACAACAUUACUGUGUUACAAAGUAACACAUUCUUCAACACAUUCAAGAUUAAGAUGCUGAAGUUAAACGGCAAUAAAAUCACAACGAUUGAAGACAAAGCAUUUAUAGGACUCCGAGAUUUAACGACUCUGGACUUAAGUGGACAAAGCAUUACAUCGAUAUAUAAUGGAGCAUUUGAAGGCCUCAGCAAUUUGGCAUAUCUAAAUUUAUCUGGAAACAACAUAAAAGACAUCCCUCAAAGUGCAUUCUUUGGACUGAACAAGCUGUUAGUUUUAGAUAUUUCCAACAAUAGUCUAGAUUUCAUUCACGACAGAGCAUUCUACGGUCUUCCGAAUCUACAAAAGUUAUAUACAGAUGCAUAUCGCUUCUGUUGUAUGGCAAAACAUGUGGAAGACUGCUACCCCAAACCAGACGAGUUCUCUUCUUGCGAGGACCUGAUGGCCAACGUAUUCCUGCGCGGCUCUAUAUGGGUGAUUGGGAUCAUUGCCUCUGUGGGUAACCUGGUGGUGAUCAUGAUGCGGAUGAACAGCAAGAGGGAUAACAGGAGCCCCUUGUGUGAACAGUACCCUGAUAUGGUUGGGCCAACUUGGGUCCACUCAUUCUUGAUCACAAACCUUGCCAUCGGUGACUUCUGCAUGGGUGUUUACCUUCUCAUCAUUGCAGCCGUCGAUGCCUACUAUCGCGGCUACUACAUCCUAUUCGAUGAGCACUGGCGCUCGUCUGGUCUCUGCCACUUUGCCGGCUUUCUCUCCACUUUCUCUAGUGAGCUGUCUGUCUUCAGUUUGACCAUCAUCACCUUGCACCGUCUGUUCUCAAUCCUCUUCCCGUUCCGUAUUAAGGACAUGGAGUUCAGCGGCGCGGUCCGCGUUAUGGUCAUCACGUGGUUGAUGGUGAUCUUCCUCUCCGCGUUUCCUCUCGCCGGCUUGGAGUACUUCGGUAACUUCUACGGUCGGUCCGGGGUCUGCCUCGCCCUUCACAUCACCCCGGGAGACUACCCCGGCUGGGAGUACUCAGUCGUCAUCUUCCUGGUGCUCAACUUUGUCUCCUUUGCCACCAUCGCUGUGUCAUACUCUGUCAUGUUCGUCGUGGCCAGGCGUACGCAGAGGGCCGUGAACCGGUCGCGCGACGCAAAUACUGGGGACGCAAUGGCGAGACGGAUGACACUGAUCGUCAUGACAGAUUUCGUCUGUUGGAUACCGAUCAUACUUUUGGGCGUGGCUUCGCUCGGCGGGGCUUACAUCCCACCUCAGGUAUACGCUUGGAUAGCUGUAUUUGUUCUUCCAGUCAACUCAGCAGUGAACCCGAUGUUGUACACCCUCCUAACCGCCCCAUACGUCCGGCGAGUACUGAGCAGAGCUCGCACCUCUCUCAACAUAUCCCUUGCUACUAUGACCACAGACAUGAAGCAGGCUAACUCCACUGGAGAGCGUCCGAGCAGGCUACAGACGACAAACGGUCGCAAAGGCUGGAAGAAAGGGACAAAACAAACCCAGUCUGAUGCGAACAGAAACGCUAUCAAACUGAACGCAGUCACUUCGCAGUCAGACACAGAGCCUGAUGAGCCAACCAAGGCUGAGGAGUUCACCCUCCUACAAGGAGGGGUCAAAACAACUGAUGUUGACGAAGAGAUUCAGAAGAAAGGACGAGUCAGAGGCGAGGUUGAGGCGGAUAUGGACGGGUUUGUCCGAGUGCCGGUUGUAGAGAGUGAAACGGAGGACACCAUCCAUCUGAAUGUGUGAGGUGCGGUCUUCGAUUAGAAGCCAAAGAUUCGUCAAGAAAUUGGAGAACUGCGAAUGUUGCAAUGGACCUGCAAAUAUUGCAAAUUGCUUCAGAUGGAGAGGGACAUUAAGAACGGGGGUGUGACCACCUGAUUUCAGAAGAUUUAUAUAAAGGUCAAAAAGUUUUAUUUUAAUUGGAAGUAUCUAUCCAAUAAGCAAAAGAAAGAGACAAAGAAUGGUUGAAGAUGGAUGGUAAAAAAGACCAAAAUUCAGAACUUUUUCUAAACUAGUCAAAACUUUGACUGCAUCUUUUUGGGGCCAGUGGUGCUUGGAUCAAAUCAUAUUGUUUACAUCAAUUUAUUUCAUUAAAUUAAUUGGGUUUUUUUUUCAGUAAACAGUGAACUGCAUACAUUUUAGGAAUAAUUAGGUAAAAUGGACACAGGAUCUAUUUGUCCUAAGAUUGAUUCUUGUCAACACAAACUAAGUAAAAAAAAAAAAUGAAUAAAACAAACAUAAAAAAGAUGAAAACUUUGUCAGCCUACGUGUUGCCCAAUUGGUGGCUUAUCUGACAUUAUUAAUGUCGAGUGACUAUGCUCAGCACCAGCAGUAUGUUGCUAAGUGCAAGGAUGUCCAAGUUUUGCAGAUAUAUAAUCUACACCCGUUGCUUACUUUCAAAUAUGUUUCGCAUGGUCUUGAGUUACCAUAAAACAUGUCAGCUUGUGUACAAUAUUCUUUAAACUGUGAACUUUGAGUCAGAAGCUUAGGAGCAAAAAUUGCUCGUUUAAGGCUUAGUCAAUCUGCAGCGAUAACAAAAACGUGACGAUCACAGCGCUAAGAGAACGCAUUCUAUUGGUUGAAUCGCUCCAAGCAGAAUACGCCCACACUCAUUCCGACCAAUCGAGCAUUGUUAACAUUCUUGUUUUCGUUCUCGUUAUCGAGGCAUGUGUGACCAGGCCUUUACUUGCUAACAAAAGGCCUAUAAUUUUGUGUGACAGACCGGUGUGCGCAAUGAUGUUGUCAUUGGGAACUUUGUCCCCCAGGGUGUGUCCCCUAUGCGAUAAGCAAAUAUGUGCUAAAGAUUCAAAAGAGGGCGCUAUCAGACAAGUUUUCCAAAUGAAUCGCCGUUUGUGGAGUCAGAAUCUGCUGCACGCCGUAUUCAACGCGCGUACAGAAGGGCGCGCGUGUCACUCUCACUGCAGUCCCGUCGCGUUCUUGCAAGAAGCAUCACCAGUGCGCCCUCUAGUUCUUAUAUAUAACUCUAUGACUGCAAACUGCCUUACAAUUUGAUGCAGGCCAUUUUUCGUAUCAUUUUAUUUAUAAAUACAUGUAUAUAUGAAAACAACUUGAAAUAUAUAUAUGUAAAAUAAAAAGAUGGAAGGUAAAAGAAACAGACCAAAGUGUGAACAAAUGGUGAACAAAAGUUAAAGGUACAUGUACAUGUACAUUCAUAGUUGUAAUUGUAAAAAUGUAAAUGACAUAUUGUGUUUAUAGUGCAUUACUCAAAAUAUAUCCACAUGUACAUUGUUGAUAUACAAUAAUUAUAGGUUUAUUAUACAUGAUGUACAAAUUUGGGCGAAGUUGGCAGUCGUUGGUUGUUUCUUGUUGAAAAUAAUUGGUAAAUAGUCUACUUUUAUAGCGAUGCUAGGUAAGAAGUGUUGUAAAUGAAAAUAAGAAACGAAAUAUUUAACAGAAUAUUAUGCACUAUGUUUUACUGGCACGAUAAUUAACGGAGUCUGCCACUUAAAGGUUUUGGUAGAGCUGACAAAACAGUCUCAGGCAGUGUACCGAAAGUGUAUAAUGGCGUUAAAUACAGAAGGAAAUAUUUUACAGAGAAAAUGGUUCAAGUAUGAAGUCAACAAUCAGAAGGG